AUGGCUCCUGAGGCCACAGCUGACAAGCCGGUCGAUGCCUCUGUAACUGAACCCGUGCUGACUCAGGCUACCGAACCCGACUCCCAGAAUGUCGACGAAAUCCAGAACAAGCAAAUCGCCGAGAUUGUUGACGAGCUCGUAAAUUCGGCAGAAACCAGCGUGAGUGGGGGCUCAGAUACCGAAGCAUCCAAGGUGAAGUCUAGCGAUAAGAAAGGCCAUGGACGCACUUCGUCUACCAUCAAGAAGCCGCAGAGCUUCAAAUCGGUCUCCGUCAACCGGAGCUUCCUGGCGUCCAAGGGCGCCGUGAAUCCCACGUCGCGACCCGAGUCUACCGGAUCGGCUACGUCGACUACCACCCCCACACCCGUGGCAUCCUCCGGCUCCAAAUUGAAGCUGGUCGCAAAGUCGAAUACCAGCUUGGGCGGCUCUACUAAGACACUGGCGUCUAAUGGAAAGACCACUUCGGCUCCCGACCCGAAUACUGUUUGGAACAAGAACCGACCCGUGCCUCAACCGGAGCCGAAGAAACUGUCUGACGAGGAACUUAUGAGCAAGUAUGGCAUCCACAUGGCUGAUCGACUACGUCCCGAGGACGAUCGCGGCCAAUCGAACUGGGCCGACAUUGACGAUGACGAGGAAUGGGCACCGGAUACCAUAACCUGGACCGAUGGAACCAAGAUCACGUUGCCGCAGGUUGAGGAGAAUCCCCCCACGCCUUCAGCAGCGCCUGCGGUCCUCGCGAAGGAUAGCCAGACCGAAAAGCCAAAGUCACCGGCACCGAGCGCCUCUCCCAAUGCGAGAGCAUCGCCAUCUGUCAAGCCUGGUGUUCUGACAUCUGGAAAGGGCCUCGUACUCAAAGGCGCACCCGAGAAGCCGACUCUUGUUGCUAAGAUCCCCGCGCUUUCUACUCCGGUGAAAUCGCCUUGGGCCAGUGUAGGUCCUAUCGAGAGGGCACCCAUUCCUGUGGAUGUACCGAAUCAACACCAGCAGCAGGCCGGGCACCGCGGUUAUCCUCCUCGUGAUGCGCCAAUGGUCAAGAGCAUGACACCGCCUCCGGCUAAAGAGAUUGCGGCGGACGACUUCAGCCGUUCUUCGUGGAGAGAGGGCCAGGCAGGCGGCAACCGAGAGCUGUUUAACUCCCAGUCUGGCAGAUAUGAACCUGUCAAUGACCGCAGAGGGUCGCGACAUGAUCCGCGAGGCCACCCAGCUUUGCUCCAACGUCCUCACCCACAUGAUCAAGGAGGUGCGGCUGAGCCUUCAGCAGCCUUUCAGACAAGCCGCACGAGUGGGCAGGAUCCUUUAACGUACGGUCGACGUCGUGGUUCUUCUAAUGUGAGUGGUGGUAGUGGCAGUCUUGCUGGACGUCUAGGGAAACCUCAAGAAAUUGCUGCUCCUGAACUACACCAGACAGGAGGUGCAGGUAGUCCAGUGUCUGGAUCAUUCUCGCCGGCUGUCACACAUCCCACCCCUCGUACACAUGCUGCUCAGCCGUGGCAGCCGCGACGGUCUCCUGGCCAAGUUCACUCCGUACCGGCUUACAGCGCGCCCGAGAUGACGCCUGUAUCUCAACCCUCCGUUGAAGAAGAACUCGAACUGCAGAAAAAGUUGAUGCGCGAACGUCGAGAGUUGGCCAUAAAGCGCAGAAUGGAGGAGGAAGCCCGCGAGGAAGCCGCACGAAAGGAGCGCAUUCGCCUCAAGCUUGAGGCCAUGGGCCCACCGCCAGAGCGGAAGAGCAAUAAGAAGGACGAGGCCAACGCCCCUACUCAAAUACAACAGCGUGACACCAUUCCGGCAGCCCUGAUGUCCAAGGCUGAACUUGCCGAGAGACAGGUAACGCUUGCAGAGGCUAAGCAAUCUGUUGUGAAGUCUGAUUCUGAUAGCAAGCUGGAAUCACAGGUCAAUGGUGCAGCUAUCAAUUCAGCAGACAAGCACCAAGCCGACCCGUCUCUCCCAGCAUCAGCACCAGGGUCGCAGACUACAGCCACAUGGCCCGAAAAGCACCAGCCUUCUGAACGUUUAGCCUCAUGGAGCAGUAGCAUACAGACAACUUCUAGAAACGUUUGGGCCGCACCCGGAAACGAUCGUUCACUCGGCAAUGGGACCUUCAACGCUGACCUCGGCAACCUGGCCGACUCGCAACCUGCUGAACCCUCCACCAUGGUUUCCCGCCCAGCGCCAAUUGCGCCUCCGCGUGCAACGUCACAGAAUCAGCAGCGCCCAGAUACUGGCCCUGGUCGCAUAGCUCCCAUAGCUCCACCUAGCCGCAGUCAAGUCCCAGGUGCUCAACGACCGGCAUCGCGAAACCCUUGGGUGAAUGCAGAUAUUGCUGCUGACGAUCGCGUCAUCAGACUCGAGAGCCAGAAGCGUAUGGAAGAGCAAAUGAAAGGCCUGGCUGGCCAGGGUGCGACUUUGGACGACGCUCAGGCUUCAGUGAGAGACACUUGGCGGUCGGUUAAUAUUAACGACGACGGCAAGCGCACAAAGGUUGCAACUACAACGUCUGUCCACGGCGAACCGAAAGGCGCACCCAAUGCUUCGUGGAAUACAUCUACGGCCUCCAACGCGCCUCACAGAGUUGAUCGACAUGAAGCUAUGGCACCCCCUAUCUCUCAAGACUACCGCCAGCAACCUGGUCCCAACGGCAUGCGCCAUGACUAUGGGAGACGACCGCCCAUGCCCCCUGCAGGAGAUGCUACGUCGGGACAUAUGCCCCAGUCUCGGGCUGGCUCUCGUUUCUUCCCUCAACCUGGCCCAAGGGAUAUUCGCUCGGACGAGACAUCAGUUCAGUCAAGAUCCAAAUCGCCUACGCCACCUCCACCUACAAUGGACGACCACCCAGCAUACGACGGUGAUGCCGCCCGUCCCCAUGUAUCACUCCCUCCCACGCGACCCGUCGUGAAACUGCCACCUGCUGCGGUGAGACUGCCGUCUGCUUCUGCAGCUGCAGCGCCUGCACCAAUUGCACCCCCUCGGCGACCAGCCUCGUUUGCCGCCGCCGUCGCAGCAGGUCCUCCCAGAUCAGCUUCUCAAUCUACAACAGGCCGUCCGCCUAGCCAUGGUUCACUUCACCAGAGACCGCAUGAAAUCACGACGCAGGAAAGUUGGCAAGAGAAGAUUAACAGUCUUAUGGGCCGAACCCGAGUAUCUCCUGCUAAGCCCAUGUCCGUCGAUUCAGCCAGCAAGUCUGCAUUCGACUACGCUCAUUCCUACGUGUCAGCGACUGUUUCGUUGCCUAGUCUGUCCUCGGCGAGUUCAACCAGUAGCGACUAUAGCUCGUUCACUAGCAGAGAAAUGGCCGAGGAGUGCUUUGGCGAACAAGAGAUGGGUUCUCUGCCGCAGGUCCGUCUGCCAAACGAUGCACCGGACGCCUUGUGGCAUGCCGUCGAACCUAACUGGGGCCCACUCGUCUCACGACUACGGGUUGAUGCCACAGCAUCUGAGACGCAUCGAUUUCCCUAUGAGUCGGUGAACAAUAAGUCUGUGAUCCGCAUCUCCGUACCGGGCAUGGGUGAUUCGAAAACAGUACCGGCACCUUUCCCUCCUCGAGUGAAGAGCAACUCUUCCCGACGGCAACCGUCUCGAGGCGCGCGACAUGUUUCUAGAGGUGGCCAGCGUGGUGGAAGAGAGUCUUCCAACUUUUCUGGAGAUCAUAGCCUCGCUCCCUCUUCCGAACGCCCUGAGCGUUCCGACAGGCUCUCGUCUACCAGGGGGCGUGGCAGCUUCCGCGGCCGUUCCGAAAACUGGAGUAGACACAACUCUACUGCUCAGACAGCCCAGACAUAA